UUGGCCUUCUUGUCCUUUCUGGCCCCUGCGUUCUCCCUGCCUGGGUCCAAGUCACCAUGCUUACCCCAAUGGUGGCUGGGGGGGUGGUGUUCCCCGGACUCUUCCUCCUAUCCAAGAACACGCUCCAGAGGCUGCCCCAGCUGCGCUGGGAGGAGGCCGACGCAGUCAUUGUCUCCGCCAGGCUGGUGUCCUCUGUCCAAGCCAUCAUGGCCUCCACAGCUGGCUACAUAGUCUCCACUUCCUGCAAGCACAUCAUUGACGACCAGCACUGGCUGUCCUCAGCCUACACACAGUUUGCGGUUCCCUACUUCAUCUACGACAUCUAUGCCAUGUUCCUCUGCCACUGGCACAAGCACCAGGUUAAAGGGCACGGAGGGGAAGACGGGACGCCCAGAGCCCUGGGCAGCACCUGGGCCGUGGUGCGUGGCUACCUGCACAAGGAGUUCCUUAUGGUGCUCCACCAUGCGGCCAUGGUGCUGGUGUGCUUCCCACUCUCGGUGGUGUGGCGACAGGGCAAGGGAGAUUUCUUUCUAGGCUGCAUGUUGAUGGCCGAGGUCAGCACACCCUUCGUCUGCCUGGGCAAGAUCCUCAUCCAGUACAAGCAGCAGCACACGUUGUUGCACAAGGUGAACGGCGCCCUGAUGCUGCUCAGCUUCCUGUGCUGCCGGGUGCUGCUCUUCCCUUACCUGUACUGGGCCUACGGGCGCCACGCCGGCCUGCCCCUGCUCUCAGUGCCCCUGGCCAUCCCGGCCCACGUCAACCUGGGCGCCGCGCUGCUGCUCGCACCCCAGCUCUACUGGUUCUUCCUCAUUUGCCGCGGGGCCUGCCGCCUCUUCCGACCCCGAGGUUCCCCACCACCCUCUCCUUGUCAGACUCAGGACUGAGGCUGGGGCCUGGGAACCCCCCUCCCCAGCCCCUGUGGAGACAGAGCUUUGGGGCCAGUGGGUGGGGGGGGUGAGAGCCAGGAGUCCCUUGCCUUGACAGGCCCAAGACAGAAGGACUCAGAACGGGGAGGAGCUAAACACCCUCAGGAGCUGAGGUCGGAUGAUUGGAAGGCAGGGAGAGAGGGGACCGGGAUAAAGAGGCUCUUCCGGCCUCACAAAAUGCAAGGAAGAGGGAAUGUUAGACAGUGUGCCGAGGUCUGGAGAGCUGGGCUCAGUGGGACCAAUGAGUCAAGGGACAUGGAGGUGGCCCCGCUGCCAAGGACAUCCCAGCUCCGCUGCUGCAAAUCCCUCUCUGCUCCCCAUCACCUGGGAGAGAGAAGACACCCUAACUCAUCCCAAGGGGGCCACCAGGGGGCAGGGGAUCCCCACAGAGCCUUCCUGUGGAGACCAACCUGAGGAACCUUAUUUAUUUAUUCGCCUAGCUCUAAUUUGUUGGGGUGUGGGGAGGGAGGUAAUUGCUCCCCUACAACCUUCCCAGCGCUGAGCAACCCUGGGGGCAGGCAAGGGCACCAGUCCCUUCCGUUAGGCUGCACAUUUCGCCCUCGGGCCCUGGCUUGUCCCUGGUGCUACAGACCUCUCACGGCUUCCUCCAAUCUGGGGUCACUGACCCUGGGAGGUGCUUUU